AUGUCGGCUCUCAGCAUACUCCUUGUGCUGCUUAUGCUUUCGUAUGUUUUUUACAAAAACAAUCGUACUACUGCCGGUGGUGCUCACGCAACACGCCACAGGCGUCGAACAGACAGGCGUGGUCACCGUCGGAUUCGCAACGACCGACAAUCUGUGGGCGUUCAGGCGGAGCAGUUGAAUUUGGCACCCGAUGCGGUCGCAGCCAACAGUGGACUAAAUACCGGAUUUCAUGAUUCCGAGGCCCUACUCGGACACGAGGAAGGAUUGUCGAUGGUCGCUGAUGAGGAGAAUGAAAGAGACGCCUCAACACGACAUUCAUCUGGCAACACGCACAGUGAGCCACCUCCGCCCACUCCUACAGGCCCUCCACCCUCUCCACCGGGCGUUUUGGCUGGCACAGAAGUUGGGGUAUGCUACCCACAGGACACUAUCCCAUAA